CGCCGGAGCGCCUGCCCGAGGCGGGGUGUCGGCUUAAGGACGCGGCCGUGGGGCUCCGCCGGGUCGCUGCGAGGGGGGGAGCGCUGGGUGCCGCCGCCGGCGCGGCGGGAGGCUGGAUAGCGAACGCGGCAGGCAGGCUCUGAAGGCAGCGGCAGCGGUCAGCUUUAGCCGGCGGAGUCUCCGCGGCGUGGCUAGAGCGAUCGGCCAGUGCGCUGGUGGGCCCGCAUUAAUUGCACUGAAGCAAAAAAUGAUUGAUGGAGAUCGUUUGCUGACAGAGUAUCAACAGAAAUGCACUGAGCUUCAAUUUGCUGAACGAGAGAUCUCUGCUCUUCGUUGCCAAGUGGAGCAGAUGCUACAGAAAAUCCUGCCUCUGGAAAAAUGCCAGGAAGAGUUGGGUUCCUUGAAAGCAGAGUUGGAAGAGAAAAAGAGUUCUCUGAAGAUUUAUCGGGAGAGUCAACUAGAAUAUGUUAAAAUUAAAGAAGAAAUAGUAAACAGUGAUGCUGUGAGAAAGAAACUGGAAACAAAAGUGAAGAAACUUGAAGAGGCUGCAACAAAGCAUACUCAGGACUUCAGACAACUGAAAACUGAAAAGAAGAGGCUUGAAAAGGAGCUAAAGAAGGCACAAGGAAAACUUGAUGGUGUACUUAAAGAGAAGUUCAGAAAAGUUAAGCAUGCAGAGACCCAGAGUUCAAGUCAAGAUCUUACAGCAGAUAUAGACAAAGGAAAAAUAAAGCUUUUGUUAGAAGAACUCUGGAUGUGCAUUGAUAGCGCAACAGGAAAAAGAGAGAAUCAGGAAAAUUAUCCUGUCUUGGCUUCUGUUCAGGAUAAGGCAUGGCCUGAAAAAAGAAGACUGACUGUUACAGAAGAAACUGUACAAAUCCACCAAAAGAUCAGGAAGUGUGAUGGCAAAACGCUACCUUGGUAUUCUUCACUGGAAAGUGCUGGAAAGCAAAAUUCUGUAACAGCCAUGCAACUUCAAGCAGGUACUGAGCCUUUUGGAGGUGACUGUGUUGAGAACAGGACUAGUGAAGAAUGUCUGCACGGUGGUGAGGAUAAAACUGUAGAUGUGAUAACACAGACAGAUGGAGCACACAGCAGUUCAGACUUAUCCGAUCAGGAGCAGAAGGGCCUGGGUGGAAAUGUGAUGGAUAUUUUGAAUUGGGCCAGGCCUCUCCCUGCUUUGCUUUCUCCAGUACAGCUUUCACCAGUAACUACACAGGAUAUAUUGUUUGGAGAAAUCACAGGUUCCAGUGAUGAAGAAGUUGAUUGCGGUGCUUCUGCAGUGGAGGAUAUUUUACAAGAUGACCAAGAUCAGAGUUGUGAUGUGUUCAGCCUCGACGAGGAGUGCAGCAAACAGAGCAGAUCAUGUGAGCAUGGCCUUGGUGCAGAAAUCUCACAUAGCCUAAGUUGGAAUGAAAAGAAUGUUCAUAUUGGUCCAAUGAUGUCAAGCAAGGAGGAGAGAGAUGCUGAAACAAAGCAAGCUGAAGUUGCUUCUUUAAUUACAAACAUGGAAACUAACAAAGAUUGCUUGGAGAAUUCUGAUAAUAUAAAAACUGAGAAGAGAGAACUAACUGAUGCAACAGCACAUGAAUCGGAAGCCAUCAAAGAACAGAAAGGAGAUAGUGAGGACACGCACAGUGAAGAGGGUUGUUCUUCAGCUGAUUUUAUGUUAAACAGUUUCAAGCCUCAGAAUCAGAUGGAAAAAUGUAGUGAGGUAGAGCAAACAGAGGAGAAUGUCAUCUUAAUUAGAGCUGUUGCUUAUGAAAAAUCACAUGAAAAGCAUGGUGAAUUAAUGAAAGCAGAAAGAGAUAGAUUAUCAAGAGAGAGAGAAACUCCCAGGGCAGUUUCUGUUCCCCAAAAUGUUGCUCAUUUGCCAUCUGAGCAAUGUAUUAUGCUUCAAAGUGAAGAUUCUGAGGAGCAAUCUGAUGUGUUGAUACAGAAUGAAGUGGUUGAAAAUGAAUCAAAAAAUGUAAUCCAAGUGACUAACAUGGCAAGUGAUGUAGGGGAAGACAUAGAACAAAUGAUAAUUGGAGAGGAAAUAACAGCUGCAAUAGAGGUGAAAGGACUCUCUGCAGAGGCAAAUAACGAGAGAGAACUGUCUGAAAAUGUAUUGUCUGAUUUCAGUAGUUCAAAAUCCUUCCCUGAAGUGAAGUGUCCUAAAGAACUAAUGAUGCAGCACACUGGGGAGAGAAUAAUUAUAGAGACUGAGGCAGACGCUGGAGCUGUUGAGAUCUCUGCACACUCUCAGUCCUCUGAAUUAAACCGUGACAAUGAAGAGAUACUGGAGAAACAAUGUGUACAGACAGUAAAAGAUGAAGCGGACAGAGAACGCAAACCAGAGACUGUUAAGGUUUCUAAACAUUACUUAUCUGUAUCUGCUAUAGAAGGAAUCAGAAAUUUACUGAGUAUGGAUGAUAUAGACAAAAGUGUAGGUAUGGAGAGGGCUGCUUUGUCAGCCUUUCCAAAGGAGGAUGAACAGCUCAGAACGGAAGACAUUAGUAUAACCAGACCCGAGACGACUGAACUAGCCAUGAAAUUUAACAGAGAAAGUGUUCUAGAAAUAGCUGAACCAUCAGAGCUACGCCAUAGUGUAGAAAAUGGAGAAUUAGUAGAUAUAAAGGAGGAGGUAUAUUUAAAAGGCAAACCACACCAGGAAGAAAAUGUUAGUAAUUUACUGCAGGGGAAAUCAGACUUGGGAAGUAUACUUGUGCUACCGAAGAUGGCAGGCAUUAUUGAUACAGAAAGCAGUGUAGCUAAGUGUGAAUCCUCUGUGUUAGAUUUGACAGAAAUAAAAGGUGAAAUAAAACAACCUGAAAACCUGUGUAGUACAUUGGAACAUGGGUUGUCCAAAUCUCAAGACUUGGGAGUGUUUGAAUCUCGGACUGAAUUCAAAGUUAAUCCAGAACAUUUUGGAGAGGAAAGCAGUGAGCUGUUAGAAAGAGUGGAUACCAUUGAAUCUGUCUUAGUAGCUCAGGCACAGUAUGCAAAACCUCUGAAUCAGUUCUUGGUAAUUGAAAAUGUUAAAUGUGAUGAAAUAAAAGGGGAAUUAAAUAAACAAAGUAAAGAAUUGUUGACUGAGACUUGUUCCAGUUCGUUUAACUGGGAGGAGAAUGUUGUGAAGAAAAAUAGCAUUUCAGAGAUCAUCUGCCAGCCUGCUUCAGAAAUGGAUUUUAAUAGUGACCUGGCUUUUUCUUCUCAAGGGGACUUGGAGUUGGACUCUAUAAAUGCUGAAGAAACAGAUUCUUCUGUGCAAUUGGGAAUUGGCUUGGAAUCCACAAUGCCUCCUGAUAUAAAUUUCAGUCUUCAGAAAGUUGUCAGUUUUGCUAAAACUAAUUUCACGGAAAAGGAUGCUUUUUCCUGUACGUGGGAAAGCAAAGGGGACAAAAAUUGUGUUGCAGGUAGUGCAUUUAACUGUUCUUCAGAAAGCUUGGAAGAGGGUGCUGAGAUCCUGUCUGCUGAAAAAGACAUGUGCAAAGAACUGGACUGCUCUGAGAGGGGAUACAUACACAAAAAUGAAGUGAAAAUUUUAGAUGAGGAGGAACAGCCAGUAGAUAAAGGACCUCAGGCAUCUGUUAAAUCACAGAUCCUGGAUGCAGAUUCUUGUAAUAAGAAUAUUUCUCUUCUCCAAAAGUUUGAUUGUCAAGAAUCAGGAUGCAGGACUUCUAUGUGGGAGGUUACAACAGAUCCUUCUAGAACUGGUUCGCCAACAGCCAGGGUAGAAAGCAAAGAACUGAGUAGUUUUGAGGCAGCUGGGAAAAAUGCCAUAAAAAGGUCUACAAAUCAUUUUGAUAUGUCAGAGCAGAGCAAUGAAUCUGAAGAGAAAGACUGUUCUAUACAAAAAGUUAGAUGUGCAAAACGUUCUGAAUGUGUUCCUGUGUUCAGAAAGGAACUGAGAGCUUCCAGGAGAAUUGCAGUGGGUGCUCUGGAAACUGGUGCAGUUGUUGAUGGUGAUGGCCAAGUAUGUGAACUUCCUUCAACAACGCACCCAGGAGAUGCCUUGGCAGUUAGCCAUCUAAGAGCAGACUCUGUGGUGGAUGUGGAUACACACCGUGAAACUAACAGCUCUCCAGGUACUGCAAAUGAGUUAUUGAGUGGUGUUGGGGAGGGAGACUUAGCCUCUUCGAAAAGUGAGUGUCUGUUAGUAACCUCUGAAAAUAAUGAGGGUGCUUACAAAUGCACGGUAGACUCUAACAGAGCUGAAUGCAUCAAUGAUGGUGUGGAAAAUCUGUUAAAAACUGGGACAUCAAAAGAAAACCCUGUGAUGCAAAGUGCUUCAAAAAAUAGAUCGCCACUAUGCCACAAGCUAACCAGUUUCUCAAAAACUAGCAGACUGGGUAUAAAAACCAGUAAACUAAAUACAGGAAUGUUAGCACUUGGCAGUUCCUUAGAAGAAAAUUAUUAUGAAAAACUUGAGUCAAAUAUGGAGCAGAGUCUACUACACGAUGUUGAUAUGCAGGUCACCAUGUCUGAAGAGCAUAAUCAGACUUGCACUGAUUGCAAUAGAGGAGAAAACAACACUGAUGUUAUCCUAGAUGGUAGCAGUACAAAAACAUUUUUUGUCAAGUAUUUCCCAAAUCCAGACGUAUCCGUUGUAGAGGGCAGUUGUCAGACAGUUAGGCAGCCUUCUGAGCCACAAAAACCAGUAUUUGAGAAGCUCUGUAUGUUGGAGACAGAGUCUUGUGUGGAUGUUGCUCUCAAAGAGAGCAAUAAAUUGAAGCGCAAAAAGCAAGAACCAUCUGAAAUCUUGACUGUUUCCACCAAGACGGCUGCCCAGGUGAUGCAUGCCAAGCUAUCCAAGAGGAUGUUUCAAGGUAAAAGAAGAAUAAAGACUCUCAAAGAUAAACCAACUCAGCCAGUUCUUGCAAAUGCUGAUACUUCUGUGCCAACAAAAUGCUCAAGUGAGACUAUAAAUAAAAUCAGGCAAGAGAUGGGUCCUCCUCUGCCCCCCUUGCUACUGCCUUUGAUUGCUACUCCUCCAAAAGCAUGUACCAUGUCCCCAGUGAUGUCCUCUGCUGGUCGAGCCUCUUUGCUUUCCCCUCUUGAGGACCUGAUAUCCCCACUACGUGAAACUCCUGUUCCUCCUCUCAUGUCUCCAUUAACAGAUACUCCAACAGUAAAAUCUGCUCUUUUAUUUUCUCCUCCCUCACCCUCAGAAAUGGCAGUAGGUCGAAGGAUUCACUCCUCACCUUUGAAGUUUUGUACUUCUAUUCCAAAGCAUGCCCUUCCUGUUCCAGGAAGAUUACCUCUAUUGGCAGCUGACAGUACUGCUCCAGGUGCUCCUCAGGAGAACUCUGUGAAAAUUUUGGACACUAUGUAUCCUGAGCUGUCUGCCAGAGCAAGGACAUUAAACAUACUGAAAGGCAAUAUUCAGCUUAACCGAUGUGCUUUUUCAGACAGCCAAAGUCUGCCAGGAUCUGUGGCUCAGAUCGGUGGGUUCAAAGAAAUUGCGUCUACAUCAACUGCUUUUGUGAAAACUGGGAGCAAUUUAAAAUCCGAUAGUGGCAAAGAUCAAGACAAAGAUAUGCAAAAUCAGCAAUUGUUUUCAAGCUCAUCACAUCAGCUUGAAAAACGGACCUUGUUGCCAGUGUCUAUGCCAAGAAGUGCAAAGAGACUGAGGUUGGACAGUGAACCACCAAAGCUGGAGCCCAGUGAUAUUGCUGCUAUUGGAAAUACUAAAAAUACAACCUCUGAGGUGCAGGAGGCUUUCCAUGACAAAAGCUGUGAAAUCAGUGAUUCAGCACAGAGUUCCAGUGUAGAAGCAUCACUACCAGUAAAGAAUGCUAUUGAUCCUGACUGCCAGGAAGUGUCUUUGGCAUUGAAGAAGAUUGCUGAAUCCUGUUUUGACUUGUUACCAGUUAUUAAAGGUCAUAUGUAUGCUGGUAAUAUCUCAAAGAUUCCAAUAAUGAGAGAUGAAGAGAAAGAAGUUGUCUAUGAAUUUGGUAUUAAAAACAAGGUAGCUGGCUUGGACCUUCUGGUUCCUCAUGAGGCCAACACUCAGGCUCCCCAGUAUCUGCAGCAUUUAGCAGAGUCCUUGCUGCAUGCUAUUCUCAAUAAACUCAAGGCUCAGAAGAAUGCCACGAACUACAAUUUCAAUCAGGCUCUGUGUCGAGUCUAUACGGGAAUUUGUCGACAGCUGGGAGAUAUGGAAAGAGCCCGCCUUUUCUGCUAUAGCCUACUUAAAGAAGACUUUCCAGACGCCGAAAAAAUGAUUUUAUUUAUCACAAACAUAUGGUCUGACAUAUUUGUCUUCCAAGGUGCAAUUAACAAAGCUAUGCAAUUAGUUGUCAGGCAGAGUGCAAGCAGCGAGAUGCUGGCCUGUAUGAGCGCUUAUCUCAGCUGGGAACAGAGUUCCUCUUUAGAUGCUGGUAUUAUGGUCUCAAACCUGCUUUUAGAAAUGCAGUCAUGUCCAAAAAUAGAAUUCCAGCUAAGUGAGCAAUAUGGAGAAGAUCUGAGUGAAGAUGCUUGGCAGUAUGUAUUUGCUGUUGAUCUACUCUGCUCCCACCUGAAGUGGGACUGGACACAUGACAAUGUUAUAAGCAAAGUGCUUUGGCCAUCCAUGGAUAAAUGGAUAAAAAAGAGAAAGGGGCAUGAAACUGCUCAAUCCGUUCCUGAUAGUGUUAUAGCAUUGACACUCAGGCUAAUUGGUCGAUUGGGCCAAAUAGGUUUGAAGGAAGGAUGUCUUGCUGCAGUGAAGAAUGUCAGUUCUGUAAUUGGACUGUUUGUACGGCAUGCAAAAGAUGAAGGUGUUCCCUGGGGUGUGCAGCUGGCAGCUGUAUAUUCACUGUGUGACUUGGGUGCAAGCAAUCCAGAAGGUAUUGUUGAGACCAUCCAUGCUUGGAGAGCAACAGUUCUUAACAACAUCCCUUCUGCUGUCACAAGUGGCAUAGCUGAAAUCACCUGUCUGUGUAAAAUGGAGCUAAACUAAAAUGUAGGGAAGUGGACUGAUCUAAAGGAAGAAGUGCCUUAUUUUACUAAGCAGUAGUUGGUUCCAGUUAAAAACAAUACAAAGUGGUGUGUCCGCUUUUAUUCUUUUAACAGAAUGUCUGCUCACACAAAGUAAGCUCAAGUAUUUUAAUUGGCUUUUCUGUUUGAGGGAAGAGUUUUAAAAAAAUAAAUAAAAAGACUUGCUUUUCCUAAUAGCUGAUCAGUGAUCUGAAAACCAGUACAUUUGUGAUGCCUGAGGUAUUUCUGGUUUGAUGUCAAUAAAAAUAAAUAAUAGUUUCCAUUAUUUUACUCCCAUCAAUUUGGAGCAUGGACUGUUUGACACCACAGAAGAUUGAGCCUGGCUGAAAAGCCAGCUCUGUGAUUUUGUACUGUAUUUAUAAAGUAACCAUUCAAACAGCAGAACUUUGCCCAGAUUCUGCUUGAGUAGUCCUCAUAAACUUAAUUUAAAAUAGUUGUGUAAGACAGGUAGGAAUUGACUUCUUGUGUAACAAUCAUGUAUAGAGUAACAGAGAUAUUAAAUCUCUGAACUUGUGUAUAUGGUAUAUUCUGAUAAUGUGUCUCACAUUUGAUGUUGUUCCAGUUGGGGAAUUUUGUGUAUGUAAAUAGAAUGUUGGUUCAAAAAAAGUUCACAUUUCUAAUGAUAGCUUCACUACACUCUGUGUUUUUGUAUCUUUCGUAAUAAAAGAAGCAAACUCCA